AGUGGGACCUUUUCCAUUUCUUCUUGGGACAUUUUUGGUUCCUUCUGUUAUCAUUUCCUUUCUGUUUGGAGAGAUUCCUUUAACCAUUCUUCUAAGCUAUCACAAUGGCAAUGCCACUGAACCUACCAGAAAAUACAGAUGACUGAACAGAAGAUAUAAAUUGAUGUUUGUAAAGUCAUAGAAUUAAUCAAAAGCACAGGGAAAUCUUGACUGCAAAAGAUAUGCAUAGAGUAAUCUUGAAGUGGUUAACUAAAAAUCACCUUGUUGAUAUGGGCAUAGCACAUGGAUGAGCUAUCCAUAUAGAACAGCUAUUCAAAUAAUUGCAGAAAACAUCCUCUGAAGAUCUUAGUCAGACAUGUAAGAGAAAAGGUAGUAAAAAUGUUCCUAAAAUACAACAUUUCAUGUAAGAAGAAAAUGGAGAAACUUCAAAGCAAAAGCAAAAUGAUACAGAGAAAUCAGUUAUGGCUAAUGCCUCUACAGUGGGUACAGUCACUAAAAAUGAGUUCAUGGAAGAUGAAAUAGAUGACACAAAGGAAAGGCAGCCAUCCAGAGAACUGACAUGUGUAUCAUACUUUUUUGAUGAAUGUAACCCAUAUCACUACAAAUUGAAUUUUAGUCUACAGCCUGAAACAGGACCACCACUCAAUCUCACUGAUCCAACAAAUUAAUUCAAAACCUAUUUGUGAAAAUAGAGAAACAGCUGCAGAAGAGAUGUUAAGGUGAAAUUUAGCAAUGAAGUUUUCCAAUUUGCUUCAGGUUGUAUGAAUUCACCUACUAAUGGCACCAUUCAUUUUGGAGUUAAUGGCAAACCCUAUGGAAAAAUUCUUUACAUGAAAGUCACCAAUUUCACCAAGGAAGCCCUCAUUGACCAUUUUAAAUUGAUGAUCCACCAGUAUUUUGAAGACCAUCAGGUCCAAAAAGCAGAGAAGUACAUUUGAGAGCCAAGAUUUGUAGACGUUUUACUGCUAAACCGUAGGUAUCCUGACAGAUGUAUUGAAGUGAAGGUCAUUACAAAGUACUCUGAAUAUGAACAAGAUUAUUUCCAUACUAAAAUGCAAAAUCACAACAACAGAACAUGGAAACUAAGUCCAAAAUAUUCAGUCUUCAUGUGAGAUGGGGCCAGCUCUAAAGACAUCAUGAAAAAUAAUGCAGAUUUCAGAGCAUUUAAAUUAGAUUUGAAAGCACUGUCAGAGUCUAGAAAAGAGGCAGAAGAAACAUGCAAAGUAAAAACAAAUAAAAAAGAGAGUAAGGGACCAACACUUGCUAAAUUAUUGACAGGAAAUCAGGAUUUGUUUGAUAAUUCAUUCAAACCACGACUAGUACACAUUCUUGUGACAAAUAAAUGCCAUCUGAAUCAAAUAAAACACUUACAUUCCCUAAAGGAAAUUUAAUGACUUGCUGUGUUGGAGUUUAAUCCUAAAUCUGUGGAAGGGGGGGUAGUCAAAGCUUACAAAGAAAGCCAAGAAGCAAAUCUUCACUUUCCAAAUCUGUAUGUGUAGGGGGAAAAAAUACAAAAUGAGAAGAUUUCUAGUCUGAAUCUUUAUCAACAGCCCAGCUGGAUUUUCAGCAAUGGCAGGUUAGACCUUAACAGUGAAAAAUAUAAACACUUAGAUCCAAGUUCCUUGCAAAGAGAAAAACUAUUUCUCUUUAUUAUUCUAUUACUCUCUUCCAUGGAUGACCUAAGAUCUCUAGAUCUUAGGUCAGAUUUCUACCAAGAUCUCAAAGGAAUGAAAAAUACAUCGUGUAUUUGUGUAUACUCACAUAUGUGUCAAGGAUAGAAAGCCCUACUCGAAACAAGAUUAAUAAACCAGCAAAAUGAGCUAUCAAGCUAAUGUGUUUCUGACUUAAAUCUUGAAGAAAUAAAUGGUACUAUUCUUCAACUAAAAUCUGUCACUCUCUUUUUGCCAUCUAUUGGUUCAUAACUGUCCUUAAAAAAGGAAGAAGUUGUCAUGACUGUUCUGGAAAUUCUUUGUUAAAGUGAAUAUGAAGACACAGUCUUAGAGGACAGAAACAAAGUAUUUGAAUUCUAGGCAUCAGAAGAGGAAGACUUCUAUCGAGGUGGGAAAGUAUCAUAGUGGAACUUCAACUUUUUUUCCAUCAAAAAGGAUAAAUAUGAAAAACUUGAAGCAGUGGUUCAAAACUGGGCAAAUUCUUCUAAACCAAUAUGUGCCAAUAAUAUUCAUUCAUAGCAUCAUCCAGGUUGUGGUGGGACUACCUUGACUCUGUGUAUUCUUUGGGAACUAAGGAAGAAAUUCAGAUGUGCUAUGUUGAAAAACAAGACAGGGGAUUUUUCUGAAACUGGAGAAUAAGUGAUUAAUUUAAACACCUUUGGGGCAACCAACCAUCAGGAAAACUUACUUGAACUGCUCCUUAUUGGAUUUAAAGAAUAAAAUUAUGUCUAUUUUCUCCAGGCCUCUAUUAGCAGUAGCUAAUAGUACAUUUGACAUGAGAAACCUCCAGUGAUCCUAACUUGCAUGAAGUCACAGAAUCCUGUAAAAGGUACAAAGAUCUCAGAUGGUAAUCCUCUAAUACAACAACUAUCUGUCAAAGCAGAGCUUAAAUUGAAAAAAAUUGAAGUGCGGCAUAAAAACUUUAAAGAUUUUUGUUUCUUCAUGAUCGUGAAAAGCAAUUAUAAUAGAAAGUACAUGGGGCUCCUGGAUUUUUGA